CGCAGUGAUUUCCUGACGUGUUUUUAUACCCUUGAAGAGCGGGGGUGGGGGUAUAUUAUUUUGGAUAGAAGCUGGCACCGCACAGAAGCCGAAAGAGAACAUCAUGAAGAUCGAAAACUCAGCUCGUCUGGGAUUACUUUGGACGUUGGUCAUAUUUGUAGGUUCGAGUGCGGGAGAAGCAGCUGAUGCGAAAAACAAUAACAAAACACCCCCGCCUUGCAAAGGCUGCAGUCUGUUGGUGACAUCCUUUAAGGUUGGGCUUGAACGAACCAAACGUGGCCAUGGCGGCGGAGACACCGCCUGGGAGGAAGAGAAUCUGCGCUCAUAUAAGAAUAGUGAAGUGCGUUUGGUUGAAAUCCAGGAGCGUUUGUGUUCCGAACCCGAGGUACUGAACAAGGAUCAUUGCCACAAUCUGGCCAAUGAGCAUGAGGCACUGAUUGAAGACUGGUUCACUCAUAAGCAGAGUGAGCAUCCUGAUCUGCAUACCUUUUUGUGCAUUGAGCAGUUGUCUGUCUGCUGUCCUAAAGAUACCUAUGGUCCGAAAUGCGAGCCUUGUACGGACUGCAAAGGAAACGGCAAGUGCAAGGGAGCUGGCACUCGUAAGGGGAAUGGAAAGUGUCUAUGUGAUGCUAGUUAUUCGGGACCAAAUUGCAACGAAUGCUCGAAUAAGCAUUAUGAGUCCUUUAGAGAUGAUUCCAAGUUGCUCUGUUCACCUUGCCAUGCGGCAUGCAAUGAUGAUGGAGGCUGCACGGGUGCCGGUCCAAAGAGUUGUCGAAAGUGUAAAGAUGGUUGGCUGAUGGACUCGGAAAAUGGUUGUGUGGAUAUUAAUGAAUGUCUGGAGAGGCCAGCAUCCGCUUGCCGUUCCCAGCAGUUCUGUGUGAACAACGAAGGUUCCUUUACGUGCCUGGAAUGUGAUAGAUCGUGCGAUGGAUGCGAUGGUGAUGGUCCCGAUAUGUGCCGUAAAUGUGCAACUGGCUACCAGCUUAAGGAUGGAAAAUGUCAAGAUCUAAGUGCGGAGCAACGCGACUCUUAUGUCAACUUGACGAGAUUCCUCACCUAUUUUGGCAUGUGUGUGGCCACAUGCGUGAUCUUUCAAAGCUCUACCAACAUAGCUUAUAUUGUUGGCGGGGCAGUUGCCAUUUAUAUUGCCGCCUCCGAGUAUUGGCUUAACUCGACGGCACAAUCUGGUGGCCAUAAGCCCGAGAUCGAUACAAAGCAAUUAGAGGAAUUGAUCAUGAAAUCAUUAUAAGCCCGUUAGAUCCAGAUCCAGAUUCAGAUAUUCCGGAUUAUGGCAUAGAUUUAUACAAUUUAUUCUGUGAAUAAUUCGUCAUAAUGCCAUGUUCUAUGAUAUUCUUUUGCAGAGCAUGAUGAGGGCGUGGAGAAUGUGAUGGCUGGGGAUGAGGAGGAUUCGCCAACAAUGCACAAUGAACUGUAG